GUCCGAGACUUGAUGUUGACCUGGGCGUAAGGAAAGCGGCAAAUAGGAAGCGGGGAGGACAUUUUUUUGUUAUCUGGGAAGCUGCUUACUAAUCUGCCUCCACCUACCUAGUAAAGUAGCCUAUGAUGUUAGACUCUGAAAAACAUAUACGUUUUUACAUAGCACUGAGCCUGAGAAUGGUUACAACGCAGUUUUCCAUUGUUUAGCUAGUUAAAUAACUGAUGGUGGAAAUGAACGGCUGAGAUAAGAUUCGUUGCCUUUUAGUGGAAGCAUGGAAAUGAAAGGAAAGGUUAAGUGUUAAAGCUGCUGCUGAGGGGGAAGCUGGCCAUGUCACGGGUUCCUACCCCUCCUCCACCAGGGGACAUGUCUACUGGACCUGUGGCAGAGAGCUGGUGUUACACACAGGUGAAAGUAGUCAAGUUCUCCUACAUGUGGACCAUCAACAACUUCAGUUUCUGUAGAGAGGAGAUGGGGGAGGUCUUAAAGAGUUCCACCUUCUCCUCUGGACCCAAUGACAAGAUGAAAUGGUGUCUGAGAGUCAACCCAAAAGGACUGGAUGAUGAAAGCAAAGAUUAUCUGUCGCUGUAUUUACUUCUUGUUAGUUGUCCAAAAAGUGAAGUCAGAGCAAAGUUCAAGUUUUCUUUGGUCAACCCAAAAGGACUGGAGACUAAAGCUAUGGAAAGCCAAAGAGCCUAUCGGUUUGUCCAGGGGAAAGACUGGGGCUUCAAAAAGUUUAUUAGAAGAGAUUUCCUGCUUGAUGAAGCCAAUGGGCUGUUACCUGAUGACAAACUCACCCUGUUCUGUGAGGUGAGUGUGGUGCAGGACUCUGUGAACAUCUCUGGCCAGUCCAACAUGAACAUGCUGAAGGUACCAGAGUGCCAGCUGUCAGAUGACCUGGGGAACCUGUGGCAGUGUUCCCGCUUCACUGACUGUUCCCUCUAUGUGGGGGGGCAGGAGUUCAAGGCACACAAAUCCAUCCUGGCAGCGAGAUCCCCCGUCUUUAACGCCAUGUUUGAACAUGAGAUGGAGGAGAGUAAAAAGAACCGUGUGGACAUCAGUGAUGUGGAGCCAGGCGUGUUUAAGGAGAUGAUGGGAUUCAUCUACACAGGGAAAGCUCCCAACCUGGAGAAGAUGGCCGACAACCUGCUGGCAGCUGCUGACAAAUAUGCCUUGGAGCGUUUAAAGGUGAUGUGUGAAGAGGCUCUGUGCACCAGCCUCUCUGUGGAGAACGUGGCUGAUACCCUGAUCCUGGCGGACUUACACAGUGCCGAGCAGCUCAAAGCACAAGCCAUAGAUUUUAUCAACAGGUGCAGUGUCCUCCGACAGCUGGGCUGUAAAGAUGGGAAAAACUGGAAUAGCAGUCAUGCCACGGACAUAAUGGAGACGGCAGGCUGGAAGUCAAUGAUCCAGUCCCACCCUCACUUAGUGGCCGAGGCCUUCAGAGCCUUGGCAUCGGCACAGUGCCCGCCCUUCGGCCUGCCGAGGAAACGCCUAAAACAGUCCUGACUGCUACAGCCCUCUGAUCCAGACAGAGAGCUGAGGCAGCCCACUGAUCCAGACAGAGAGCUGAGGCAGCCCACUGAUCCAGACAGAGGGCUGAGGCAGCCCACUUAUCCAGACAGAGAGCUGAGGCAGCCCUCUGAUCCAGACUGAGAGCUGAGGCAGCCCUCUGAUUCAGACUGAGAGCUGAGGCAGCCUACUGAUCCAGCCCACUGAUCCAGCCCACUGAUCCAGACAGAGAGCUGAGGCAGCCCUCUAAUCCAGACUGAGAGCUGAGGCAGCCCUCUGAUCCAGACUGAGAGUUGAGGCAGCCCUCUGAUCCAGACUGAGAGCUGAGGCAGCCCUCUGAUCCAGACUGAGAGCUGAGGCAGCCCUCUGAUCCAGACUGAGAGCUGAGGCAGCCCUCUGAUCCAGACUGAGAGCUGAGGCAGCCCUCUGAUCCAGACUGAGAGCUGAGGCAGCCCUCUGAUCCAGACUGAGAGCUGAGGCAGCCCACUGAUCCAGACAGAGGGCUGAGGCAGCCCACUUAUCCAGACAGAGAGCUGAGGCAGCCCUCUGAUCCAGACUGAGAGCUGAGGCAGCCCACUGAUCCAGACAGAGAGCUGAGGCAGCCCACUGAUCCAGCCCACUGAUCCAGACUGAGAGUUGAGGCAGCCCUCUAAUCCAGACUGAGAGUUGAGGCAGCCCUCUAAUCCAGACUGAGAGUUGAGGCAGCCCUCUGAUCCAGACUGAGAGCUGAGGCAGCCCUCUGAUCCAGACUGAGAGCUGAGGCAGCCCUCUGAUCCAGACUGAGCUGAGACACCAUGGGGACACAGGACUAUGAAGAAGAGAUCCCCCCAGUCCCCUCAUAGACUGUCCGUCUCAUCCUAUUGGUUUCUAUCUGAACAGGGCUGGUAGCAUGGGAGACUGACUCCAAGUGGUAGAAAGUAACGUUUCGUUUUGGUCCUCAAGUUUUGUCGCUAUUUUUCUGUAAUUUCAAACGGCCUUAAUCUAUCUGCCAUUGGAGCUGAUCCACUGUGUUCUCUCUAUUUGACUCUGUACCUGCCCCGUCCCACAGACCAGGCUGCCCCGUCCCACAGACCAGGCUGCCCCGUCCCACAGACCAGGCUGCCCCGUCCCACAGACCAGGCUGCCCCGUCCCACAGACCAGGCUGCCCCGUCCCACAGACCAGGCUGCCCCGUCCCACAGACCAGGCUGCCCCGUCCCACAGACCAGGCUGCCCUGUCCCACAGACCAGGCUGCCCCGUCCCACAGACCAGGCUGCCUCCAGAUUGCACUAGUUCCCAUAGUAAUUUUGAUAUGGAGUUCUAUAGGGACGUGUUAAGCGUUUGAUUCAUGGGAAAUAUUAUAUAUUUGUAAUGUUAAGCCCAUUUUGUGACUAGACAUUAAAAAUCGUGAACACUUUCA